GGAAGACUCUCGCCUAUCGCUCCCGGGUGCAGCGGCCUGCAGAGGCGGCGCAGGCGCCCUGCUCCCAGCGGAGUGCACCGCGCUGCCGCCGAGCCGAGAGCUUCGGGGGCUGCAGGGAGAAGGCGGAGACCGGCUGUGGCUGCUGCACUAAGCCCCUUACCCCGCGGGCUUCGGAGCCCUAUGCCCCCUCCGGCGAGCCCGGGUCCCGGCUAGUGGCGGCUCGCGGUAGCUUCCGGGAUGCUGCUGCUUCUGCUGCUUGCUGCCUGUUGGGGGCGGGGGGCGCUGUCUGGCAGCCCCCCAGGCCCGGCGGUGCACAGCCUGCGAGGGGGCUGGUGGCUGGGCAACGGGAACGGCUCGGUGGUGCUGAAAGGGGAUGUGCCUGGCUGCGUUCACACGGCCUUACUCCGCCAGGGCCUCAUCCAGGAUCCUUACUAUAGGUUUAAUGACCUGACCUACAGAUGGAUCUCCUUGGAUAACUGGACUUACAGCAGGACAUUCAAAAGUCCUUUUGAUGUCAGCAAAUGGCAGAAAGUGAAUUUGGUUUUCGAGGGAGUAGAUACAGUAGCGCAAAUCCUGAUCAAUAAUGUCAUUGUUGGGAGAACGGACAACAUGUUCAACAGAUAUAGCUUUGAUAUUACCAGUGUGAUCAAGGAGGUCAAUUUUAUUGAGAUCCGUUUCUUAUCAGCCAUUUCAUAUGCAGCAGAGCAGAGCAGAUCUCACAGAGCAUACAGGGUGCCUCCGCAGUGCCCUCCACCUGUACAGAAAGGGGAGUGCCAUGUUAAUUUCAUCAGAAAGGAACAAUCUUCGUUCAGUUGGGACUGGGGUCCCUCUUUUCCCACUCAAGGAAUUUGGAAAGAUGUUAGAAUUGAAGCCUAUAACCUUUGUCACCUGAUCUACUUCACUUUGACCCCCAGCUAUGUGAAGAGUGCUCAGCAGUGGAGUCUUGAAAUAGAGUCUGUUUUUGAUGUAGUCAGCUCAAAGCCAGUUGUUGGUCUCGUGACAGUGAACAUUCCUAAGUUGCAAACACAGCAAACCUAUACUGCAGAACUUCCUCCUGGAGAAGGCAGAAUUGUGCUGCUCGUAAACAUCAAUAAGAGUGCUACAGUGCAGACUUGGUGGCCUAGUGGCCAUGGAAACCAAACUGGAUAUGACAUGACAACAACUUUCAACAUGGGGGCAGGAUACAAGAUUGAGAAAUUUUCGAAGGCUUAUUUUCGAACAGUGGAACUGGUUGAGGAGCCUAUACCUGGUUCACCAGGCCUGAGUUUCUACUUCAGGAUCAACGGACUCCCCAUCUUCUUUAAGGGAUCCAACUGGAUUCCAGCAGAUGCCUUCCAGGACAGAGUUUCCUCUGAUAGGUUAAAGCUCAUCUUGCAGUCCACAGUUGAUGCUAACAUGAAUGCGCUUCGUGUAUGGGGAGGAGGAGUAUAUGAGCAAGAUGAAUUCUAUGAUAUCUGCGAUGAACUAGGAAUAAUGAUUUGGCAGGAUUUUAUGUUUGCAUGUGCCCUUUACCCAACUGACCAGAACUACUUAGAAUCAGUAAGAGCAGAAGUUACUCAUCAGGUGAAGAGAUUAAAAUCUCACCCAUGCAUCAUUUUAUGGAGUGGAAACAAUGAAAAUGAGGCAGCAAUUGCAGGCAACUGGUUCUCUAUACCACACGAUAAGAUGGAAGUUUAUAUCCUAGACUAUGUGAAGCUUUAUGUGAAGAACAUCCAAGAAAUUGUUAUUGCUGAGGAUAAGAGUCGUCCUUAUAUUACAUCCAGUCCCACAAAUGGCAAGGAGUCUGUUAAAGAAAGCUGGCUCUCCCAAAAUCCUUAUGACACCCAUUAUGGUGACACUCACUUUUAUGACUAUCUCAGUGACUGCUGGAACUGGACAGUGUAUCCUAAAACUCGGUUUGCCUCAGAGUAUGGAUUUCAGUCCUGGCCCUCCUUCAGUACAUUGGAAAAGGUCUCCUCUACAGAGGACUGGUCUUAUACAAGCAAUUUCUCCCUCCAUCGACAGCACCAUGCAGCUGGUAACGACCAAAUGCUUCAUCAGGCUGGACUUCACUUCAAGCUGCCCCAGAAUACAGAUUCCCUAAAACUGUUCAAAGAUACAAUUUACCUCACUCAGGUUAUGCAAGCCCAGUGUAUAAAGGCAGAAACGGAGUUCUAUCGGCGUAGUCGAAGUGAGAUAAUCAAUGGAGAGGGACAUACAAUGGGAUCACUCUACUGGCAACUUAAUGAUAUCUGGCAGGCCCCUUCUUGGGCUUCUUUAGAGUAUGGGGGAAAGUGGAAAAUGCUCCAUUACUUUGCCCAGCAUUUCUUUGCCCCACUGUUGCCUGUGGGAUAUGAAGAUGACGGUGUGCUGUACAUCUACGGAGUGUCGGAUCUUCAUUCAGACUGUGAGCUGACGCUCCAAGUCACUUUGCACCGGUGGAGUUCAAUGGAGCCAGUGUGUACCCUUGCUAAAGAGGGUGUGACCCUUACGGCAGGGAGUGCUGCUCCAAUUUACAAGGAGCCUAUCAAUGACCUGUUGAAAAGAUGUGGGAAUUGUACCAGGCAAAGCUGUGUCGUCACCUUUUACCUUAUGGGAAAAGGCGAGCUCCAUAGUCCUGGCAACUAUCACUUCCUAUCUUCGCUGAAGGACGCGGUGGGAUUGGAGAAAGCACAGCUCAGUGCCGCUAUUUCUCAGCAAGGUGACCUGUAUGCUUUUGUUCUGCAGACCACAGCAAUCACUCCUUUUGUUUGGCUGGAUGUAGGGAAUAUACCUGGGAGGUUUAAUGACAACGGCUUUCUCAUGACUGAGAAGAGAAAAGUUGUGGUGUUUUAUCCGUGGGAGCCCAUCAGCAUCGAGGAACUCAAAAAAUCACUCAGCUUGACUUCACUGAUGGACAUUUACUGAGGAAAUCUCAUGUCCUUUAUAGGAAAUGUUUCCUGUAGUGGUAGCAGAAUAGAAACUGGAAAUCUUCAAAGGAGUAUAACUAGGGCUCCAUGUUUGUCACCGAGGUCGCGGAAGUCACAGAUUUGAUGACUUUCCGUGACCUCCAUGACUUCUGCGGUGGCCAG